AUGUAUUACAAAUAUUCACGAAAACUGGUCAACGCUACUGAAUUCCAGUCAAAACUGGAUACUUCGUAUGACUAUAUUAUUGUGGGAGCUGGUUCCUCGAGCUCGGGAACCUCUCGUCUGACAGAGGAUCCUGGAAAUGAUGUGGUACUUCUGGAAGCUGGUGGGUCUGACGAGACCAAUCCUAACAUCUACAUACCAGGGGCAAUGGCUAGCCUGACGAACACUGAGGAUGACUGGAGUUAUUACACAGUACCACAGAAGCAUGCAUGUCUGGCCAUGAAAGAACAGAGGAGUUUUUGGCCCCGAGGAAGAGUCUUGGUUGGAACUAGUUCUUUGAACUGGAUGGCGUAUGUGAGAGGUAACCGCCAUGACUAUGACAGUUGGGCCGAGGAAGGCUGUGAUGGUUGGAGCUACAACGACGUCCUUCCUUAUUUUAUCAAGUCAGAGGACAUACUGAUUGACGAGUUCAAAAAAUCAGAAUACCACGGAAAUGGAGGUCCUCUACCAGUCACUAGGCCACAUAUCACUCCGAUGCAUGAAGUUUACCUUGACGCUGGCAAAGAUCUAGGUUAUAACACCAUUGAUUGUAACGGCGAGGACCAAAUCGGCUUUUGCUGGAUACAGUCUACAAUAAAACAGGGAGAGAGAUGGAGUUCUUAUAGAUCAUUUGUUAAACCCUACUUAGACCGGCCAAAUCUCCAUUUCAUCCCCAACACCUUCACCACAAAGGUAAUAAUAAAAGACAAGAGAGCUAUAGGUAUAGAAUGUAUCAGGAAUGGAAGAAAGGUGAAGAUGUAUGCCAGGAAGGAAGUUAUAGUGUCUGCUGGUGCCAUCAACUCCCCACAGUUACUGAUGCUGUCCGGUAUAGGUCCGAAGAAACACCUUCAGGUGUUAGGGAUUCCUGUACUGGCUGACCUUCCAGUGGGAGAAAACCUACAGGACCACAUAAUGAUACCUAUGGUGUACAAUUUGAAUGCAACAGGGCCCCUAACUUUCGAUGAUUUGACUUCCAUGCGAACAGCAAAGCAGUACGAGUUCUUUCGCACAUACAAGCUUUUUACAGGGAACGAUGAUGAUAAAACGACAAUUUUAUUUCCGACACUUCUUCACCCUAAAAGUACCGGAACGAUCCGACUGAAAAGCACGGAUCCGUUCGAGUAUCCCGAUAUUGACCCACGUUACCUAGAACACCCGGAUGAUGUAAAGACGGCCAUUGCAGGAAUAAGAUUUGCUGAUAAAUUAGUUGGUACAGACACAAUGAAAUCCAUUGGCAUGGAUGUAAAUCCGUAUCUCCUUACUAUCAACUGUUCUGAGCACGAAUUUCGGUCGGACAAGUUCUGGGAGUGUUAUGUGAGACAUUUUACACUGACGGUGUACCAUCCAACAACGACGUGUAGAAUGGGCAGUAAAAACGACCCGUCGGCAGUGGUCGAUCCUAAGCUAAGGGUUAGAGGAGUAUCGAGUCUACGCGUUGUCGACGCUUCGUUGAUGAGAAAUGUACCUGCAGGCAACACAAACGCUCCAGCGAUCAUGAUUGGAGAGAAAGCUGCAGAUAUGAUACGCAAUAGCUGA